UAAAAGGCCACGAUAAAACGUCAAGGAUGACAUAACCUCAAAAAGUGACGUUAAAACUUCAAAAUUGUGUAUAAAUAACAAAUCAAAACAUAAUGUUCAUUUUUAUUUAAUAAACUUUAAUGAUUCGACGGUAUGGUUUGCCUUCGUUAUGCCACAAAAGACAAGUAAGAAAAAUAAUUGGGAAAAAGAAAGAAGAGAACGUUUCAACAAAGCUUUCGAUGAACUUGCCAAAGUUUUACCUGGUUAUCUUCCUACAGAAAACCUAAGCAGAAUUGAAGUUCUUACGAAAUCUACCUCAACCAUUCUCGAGUUACAAGAAGAGAUAAACAAGCUUUCUAAAUCUUCCGAAGAUAAAGAGGCUGAUAAAGAGUCUUAUAAAGAUGUUUUAAUCAAGAAACUACAAGACAGAGUCAAAAAACUUUUGCUGCGCAAUGAACAACUCGCUCAAUUGUUUAAAGAUGCCGGAAUUAAAGUGUCACAAGUUUUUGGUACAAAAACCUUCAAGAGGCCUUUGCCCUAUAGUCAACUACAUAAGAAAAUACCAGCACAAGAGCAACAGAAAGAAAAUGAUCCGGAGAAGAGCAAAGUGGAGGAAGCAAACAGAACCAAUUCAGUAUUACCACCAAAAACGAAGAUAUCAGCAUCAAAUCAAGGACGGAAGUGUUCAAAAACUAGUAAUAAAACCGUUAAACCACCCAAACCAAAGAAAUUUGCAAAAGUAACGCAGAAUCCAAAUCCACUAGUGCUGUUUUCCCGUUUACCAACGAUUCCAACCGUCACUCAACAGAUUCUGUUGCUGCAAAAUGCGCCUGUAGUGAACAACACCAGAUCUUCUGUCGUCCGUUUAUCAACUGGCCCAAAAGCACGGAAAUCCAAAAAGUCGCCGAAGAAACAUACAGUACCUUCUACAAAUUCUUCUUUGUCGACCUUAGGAGCUGGUACCCUAAUUUUAGCAAACGGAAACAUCAUUUCUUUGGUAUCACAACCCCAAGUCAUUGUACCACCCCUCCCCCUCACCCCCACAAACGCCACCAUUCAUUCGUCGCCAAAUGUUAAUAGAAUCAUACGGAAAAAUCAACCCAUGAAAGCAAAAUCAUGCGUAACCAACACCACGCAAGUAAAUAAAAUACCUAUACCUGCGUUAACGUCAAAAUACGCCAAUACGUCUAUUCUUAAAAAGAGCCCAGAGAAAAUUAAUAAAAAUAUGACACCGAAAGUCGAACCGGCUAAAAAAACUGGCGUAAAAAGGAAACUUAACGAAAAACAUGACAAAGCAUUAAAAAAGAGUAAAAGUUGCGACAAUUGUGAAAAACAGAAAGAUAAUACCAACAAAAAUGACAAUAAAAUCAUCGAUAAAAGCGAAACAGAAGGGGAGAAACUUACAGAUACGUCAGAAACUAUAGUAGCCACUACCAACACCAACGACACCGUUUCCAAUACAAAUAAUAAUCUAUCUUCAGGUUUAGUUCCUACAUUGCCCAAUGAUCACUUAAUUCAAGAAGUUUCUGCAGAUGACCAAACUUUGAAAUUAAUGGAAGAUAAGUCUGAUAAGUCUUUAAACAAGUCCAAUGAUAUACAAAAAGAAGUUACACCUGGCGAUGUAUUACACAAAGAAAAUACUGAUAAAGAAAUUCCUGCUUCCGAUACUUUAACUCCUAGUUGUGUUAUUUUAGCAUCCAGCGAGCCUUCAUUGGUGAGCUGUACUACUGCACCAAUAACUGUCUCCUGUAAAACUACCACUAGCAAUACUAGACACGAGGAAAAUAUGAAAAAUAUUGAUCUCAUGCAUUCAGAUUUGUCUAACGACAUUUUUGCUUCUUUGCAAGUACCUCCCGGUUGCCAAAACAUCGAGUCAACAUCACCAACUGCAGCCUUUCUUAUGGCAUUUCCUAUUGUGUCAUCCAUUAAAGUUACAGAAGUCAUUGACGAAGAUAAUUCUGACAGUCAAAGAGAGACUCCUACCUUAUUACAAAUCGGCAUGGAUAACAAUUCAAAACCUUCGAAUAAUGAAGCUCUACUCAGCUUAGAAAACUUCUCGUUCUUUAAUUCCAAAGAUAUAUACUACAACACAAAACUUGAUAAUGGUACGAGCGAAGAAAACGUAGCAAAAGACAACAAUCAAAGUCAAAGAAUGUCAAAUGAGGAGAGUAAAACUAAAAGGACCGAAGAGUUGGGCAACAAUUUUGAAGUAUUUUCGAAACCUGAUCAAUUAGACAACAAUCCUACAAUAACCCAACAAGUAAAUAUGUUCAACCAACAGGAUUCUUGCAACAUGAUGAAUCUCAACGCCUUUCAAGCACCUACAAAUGAACUACCUGCAGUUUUGGACCAGAAAAAUAGUAUGGAAAGAAAAGGGAACAACGCCGAGCAGUAUAACAAUUUGAUUCAAGAACAUUUGUUGGCCAAUAGUAUGAACGUAAGCUACAACAUCUCUGCUGGAAACUUAUGCAAGGAGAAUAUUGAAGAAAUUAAUUUUAAAGAUUGUAAAACACCCAGAGGCAAUACAGUACAUAACAUUACCCCACAAGAGCAUCCAUCUGCUGCUGAAACAAUAAACAACACUUUCAACCCUCAAAAUGCAGUUACAUUCUCGUCAAAUUCUUCCAAAAUGCCCGAACCAACUAGUCAAAGCUUAGAAAAACUUUCAGACGGAACCAAAAUGACAGAAACAUUCCAAUAUAACAACAAACAUUUGGAACAGACUAAAAACUUUUCAGUGACACUAAAGACUGUUGAAAGGUCAAACCAGAGUUUAGAAAAAGUCGAAACUGUGCAAAAAGUUGGGCAGUACCGCUAUCCUGUUUUACAAAACGAAAGUUUGAACCUUGACAACUAUGAACAACUAAAAAAUGCCGAAAAGUUAAACACCAACAAGACACGAGACAAUUUCAGCUAUAAUCCUAAACACUUUUUGCAAAACGAACACCACAUAAAUAAUUUUCCUUCCAAGGUAUUAGACAAUUCUGGUCAUAAUGUGCAAAAACCUGACCAAAAAGAGUUUUUGCAGGUGAAUAACUUUUCUUCGAAGUUACUAGAGAAUGCUGGUCAAAAAUCUGAAGUAAACAAAGAAAGAAACAACUACCAAUAUCAUCCCAAACAAUUUGAACAUUUUCCUUCGAAAAUACUAGAGAAUUCUGGCCAGAACUUGCAAAAACAGGACCAAAAAGAAUUUUUGCAGGUGAAUAACUUUUCUUCAAAGAUACUAGAGAACUCUGGUCAAAAAUCUGAAGUAAAUAAAGAAAGGGACACCUACCAAUAUAAUCCAAAACAGUUUUUACAAAACGAUCAUCAAAUCAAUAAUUUUCCUCCGAAAUUACUAGACAAUUCUGCUCAACAUUUGCAAAAACCUGACCAAAAAGAAUUUUUGCAGGUGAAUAACUAUUCUUCGAAAUUAAUAGAGAGUUCUGGUCAAAAAUCUGAACUAAACAAAGAAAGGGACACCUACCAAUACAAUCCAAAACAGUUUUUACAAAACGAACACCAAAUCAAUAAUUUUCCUUCAAAAUUAGUAGAAAAUUCCGGUCAGAACUUGCAAAAACCCGACCAAAAAGAAUUUUUGCAGUCAAACAACUUUUCUUCGAAAUUAUUAGAGAAUCCUGGUCAAAAAUCUGAAGUAAAUAAAGAAAGGGACAACUACCAAUAUAACCAAAAACAGUUUUUACAAAACGAUCACCAAAUUAAUAAUUUUCCUUCAAAAUUAGUAGAAAAUUCUGGUCAGAGCUUGCAAAAAUCCGACCAAAAAGAAUUUUUGCAGGCAAACAACUUUUCUUCAAAAUUAUUAGAGAAUCCUGGUCAAAAAUCUGAACUAAACAAAGAAAGGGACACCUACCAAUACAAUCCAAAACAGUUUUUACAAAACGAACACCAAAUCAAUAAUUUUCCUUCAAAAUUAGUAGAAAAUUCUGGUCAGAGUUUGCAAAAACCCGACCAAAAAGAGUUCUUGAAGGUAAAUAACUUUUCUUCGAAAUUAUUAGAGAAUCCUGGUCAAAAAUCUGAAGUAAAUAAAGAGAGGGACAACUACCAAUAUAACCAAAAACAGUUUUUACAAAACGAUCACCAAAUUAAUAAUUUUCCUUCAAAAUUAGUAGAAAGUUCUGGUCAGAGUUUGCAAAAACCCGACCAAAAGGAGUUCUUGCAGGUGAAUAACUUUUCUUCGAAAUUAUUAGAGAAUCCUAGUCAGAAAUCUGAAGUAAAUAAAGAAAGAGACAACUACCAAUAUAACUCAAAACAGUUUUUACAAAAUGACCAUAACUUGAACAUUUUUUCGACCAAUCCUGUAAAAUUACCUGAAAGAACAGAUCAAACUGUGGAAAAAUCCGAAAAAAACAAAACGUACCAAUAUAACCAAAAGCAUUAUGUACAAACAGACAAUACUGGUGCCACGUUUGCUUCUACACCAUCAAAGAUGUUGGAAAAUGUCACACAAAGUGUAGAGAAGUCAGCCAAAACGUACCAUUACACUAACAAUCCGUUUGAAAUAGCCCCAACAACAAAAGAAUUAUCAUUAAAUGUUGGAGACAGACAGAAAUCAACUGAUACUAAAGGAAUAGAUGCCUGUGCUAAACCUAUUGAUGAAAAGGCAUGUUACUUUACUUCAAACUACACAUCGACGUCAUACAGACCCAAUACCAGUGUUGUACGUUCAGAUUCUUCGAAAGUAUGUCAUACAGGAUCAUAUGAAAACAGCAACAAAAACUACACCAAUCCCUUCUAUACGAACUGCAACUACAAUUAUGCUGAUACAAGCUUCAACCAAAAUUAUUAUAAGACUGAGAAAUCGUGUUAUUCCUUGAAUUACGAGAACUACCAAGAAUAUAGGAAAUCUGAUACGACGUUUAACAGAGACCGAAGAAGUAGCACCACUAAAGAAAAACAAGUAUUGCAGAAUAAGCCAGUCAACUGGAUGACUACUACAGAACAAAAAUCAUCAGAUUGUUUCCUACCAUCGUUUACAAAUCAAUCUUAUUCGUUUUCUUCCUGUAUAAACUCAGAAUCUGAUGUAAAUCCGUCAAAAUCAACAGAUUUUUCAGAUAAACGUUUUACUUGGUCGCCUUCGAAACUACCAAACUUUUUAGAACCUAGUCACAAUUUUAUCACCCCAACUUUGCCUACGUUGGUAGGAGACUUGGCUUUAGGGAAUGCCUUGCCUUUAGCAGAACCUAAAACCGAUGCCUAUAAGUGCCCGAAAGAGGCCAAAAGAAAAACCUACGACAACCAAGCUAACUUUUUAUCGGUUAGCCAACUUGUUAAUCAGAGUAAAACGGAUCCAGUUCCUGCAAAAACAAUGUCUAGGAGACUUAGUGGAAGUAAGUCAACCAAACCAGCAACAAAUAAACUGAAAAGAUGUGAAAAAACUGUGGACAAAUCGACUAAACCUGUCAACACGUACAGUGAUGUGUUUUACGACCAAAAAAAUAGAACUUCAACCAAGAAUAUAUCUAGCAACUACUCAGCUGAAGCGUUGAUCGGGAACCAAUGUCCUCAGGAAGAGAAGAAAUAUCCUCCGCAGAAUAUUGGUACCUAUUUUCCUUCUGUUGAUGACAAUUAUGUCAAUCAAAAUCAAAAUUUCCACUCCUACACUCACAACUCCUUUCAAAACAACUCAUAUUCGACGAAUAGUUUUAUCUAUACGACUCCUAUCAGUACAAAUUAUUUGAAUAACACCUUCGAUAACACUUUGGACUAUUCUGCUGAAAGUAUUAUGAAUUAUAACAAAAACUGUAACAAUAAAAACAGUCGGGUUAGUAAUAAAGAAGAGAAAACCAACUAUGGAAGUAAUUCGAAGAAACAGAAGAAGACGAGUCAAGGCAAUGGUUCCAGUUUAGCAAAUUUCGAAUAUCCUUUGUUGCCGAUUCAAGGUUCUACUAACUCACCUCUUCUUCCUGAUGAUUUUCAAUCGCAUACGACGUUUCUUCCUCCCACUACUCCGUAUCCUUGCAAGAAUACGCUGUAUCAGAAGCAAGGGAAUGAUUUCAAUGCUGCUCCUUUGUUGCCGAUACCAGGAAUUACAAGAGCCGGUAUACAGCAUCCUGAAGUGUCUCCUUCGUUGAAUCACGUGGGAACGUCACUGACCAAUUUCAAUCUGAGCACUAUUUUCCCUGAGAUUAACAAGGGGACAAUUCCAAAUGUUCAUAACAGUUCUAACAAAACGAAACAUUCUUCUAGUUAUUUGCAAGUCCCUUUUAAUAGUGAAUCAAAAUAUGGUUUUCAGAGUUAAGAAAUAUGUGAUAUAAUAUCGUGUAAAUAUAUUAUAAAUAGAAUAACAUUGUAUAUAUGUAAAUAAAGUUGUUGUUUUUUCGAAGAAUUUUAUUCAAAAUCAACA